AUGGUCAAGCCCACAAUUCUCAUCACUGGGUGUACUCAAGGCAGUAUUGGAUAUUCACUAGCAAAGGCAUUCGCUUCUCGGGAUUAUCAUGUAUAUGCUAGUUCUCGCCGCAUCAUGUCUAUGGGUGACCUAGUCGAUAUGCAAAACAUCACUGCCAUCGUCCUCGAUGUUACGAACCGAGACUCAAUUCUUGAAGCCCACGCCCGGAUUUCCCGAGAGACCAAUGGCACACUCAAUAUUCUCUAUCACAAUGCAGGCUACCGCCAUUUGGCAAUGGCCAUCGAGACGUCACAUGACGAAGCCAUUAAAACAUUCGACACCAAUCUCCUCGGUAUCAUUGAGAUGAACUGCAUUUUCGCCGACCUUGUUAUUUCUUCGAAAGGCAAGAUUGUCUUCACCGGAUCCGUCUCAGGGUACACUCCUCAUCCAUCGCAGUCUAUCUAUAAUGCAUCCAAAGCAGCAGUGGCGCUGUACGCCAGAACAUUACGUCUCGAAUUGAAACCCUUCGGCGUCCGAGUCAUCUUCGUUCAAACAGCUGCCGUGAACACUGGAAUGUCUAGUGAGCGUGUUGCCUUAACCCCAAACUCCUAUUAUAAGUACCUCGAGACCAAGAUCAAUAGCGCAUGGAUCGAUCUUGAGGCUACCACAAUGGAACCCGAAGAAUACGCAAAGACCGUUGUUAUGAAAAUUACCAAAGGGCAACCACCAGACAUCAUAUGGUGCGGAAGCGGCGCGUUCACUGUCUGGGCAAUUGAGACCCUCGGCGCCCAUUGGUUGUAUUCACUCUUAUUUUCCAAGAUGUUUGGGCUAAAUAAUAUUGCGCCGCGGAGGAGGCUUGCGUAA